AUGGCUGCAUUUGAACCGUGGCUCUCGCACAUGUCGCCUCCUCGCAUGCAGCGCGGCGACACGCUGGACUCGUCCUCCCUCCACCCCCCGUCAACCCCCUCGCGCAACGAUGGCUCCGCGACGAACACAACCUAUGCCGCCUUCUCGCCCGCGACGCUAAGCACGACCACCCCGAGCGCCACCUCAGCCGCCAAGAGGAGGAGCACCAUCCUCGUACACCAGAAGUCGCCGCUGCUGCUUGCGACGCCGCCGCAGAUAACGCGCGCGCUAGCAUAUAGCCACCCGUUUCUGCUGCCGCUGAAUCGGCUCGUGGGCCUGAUAACAUGGACGACCGGCGACCCGUGGGAGAGCUUCCUCCUGGUCGCGGCCUUCUGGGCCGCAGUGCUGUACGGGGACAUCAUAAUACGCACCGCGGGGCCCGUCGUGCUGGUGCUGGUCCUCAUCGGCGGCAUGUACGGCCGCCGCUUCAGUCCGUUGAGCAGCAGCGGCUGGAGCGAGCCCGGCCUUGGCUCGGCGGACGGGUCGGCUUCCGCCUCCGAGGCAAAGGGUGCCAAGGCCACGCGGAAGAGUAAGAAUCUGAAGGUCGACGGGCUGCCGGACAGAAAUGCCAAGGCUAGCAACGGCAGCGCGGGAGCCGGGGCCGCCGGCGGAGCCGGGGGAGCCGCUGGCCAUAAGAGGAAUCAGGGGUCGAUAUCCGAAGUCACAAACACGCGGCAUCAGAAGACGCUGGACGAGAUUGUUGAGACGCUGCGAGAGUUCACAGCGAGGUGUAAUAUCCUGCUGGAGCCGCUGCUCGAGCUGACCGACUUCCUCAGCACCCAGCGCACGCCGACGUCGGCCACCACGCGGCCGGCACUGACCACGCUUUUCGUCCGCAUCCUCCUCUGCACGCCCUUCUGGUUCUGCCUCACCCUACCGCCGCUCCGCAUCAUCACCACCCGCCGCGUCAUCCUCAUCCUGGGCACCAUCCUCCUAACCUGGCACGCACGCGUCAUCCGCGUCACGCGUGCCAUUCUCUGGCGGAGCGCAACCAUCAGGAGGGUCCUGGCCCUCGUCACGGGCCUGCAGUUCGAGGGGCUUUCGAAGACGCCGUCCGCAUCCUUAGCCGUCGCAACCGGCUCGGCCGCCAGCAGCGCGGCCUCCUCGAACAAGGCCAAAUCCUCAUCUAGCUCCGGACCCGGCAAAGCCUCGCGCGAAUCGGAGCUCACCAAGGCGCUGCGACGUGCCCGCGGCGGCCGCGGCACCGGCGUCCGCUUUACCUUUAUCAUAUACGAGAACCAGCGACGGUGGAUCGCCCUGGGCUGGACGUCCAGCCUGUUCGCGUACGAACGGCCUGCCUGGACGGACGAGAACAACAACCCGGUGCCGCCGCGGCACGAGUUUGAACUCCCCGAGGUGGAGGACGGGAGCAACAUGCGCUGGCAGUGGGCCGAAGGGUCAAGGUGGCGCGUGGAUGGCGUGCCGGACGAGGCGGUCAUGACGGGCGACAACGAAGAGGAGGAGUGGGACUACGACGGGCCGGGCGGGAGGAUGGGGUGGAUCUACUACGAUAACAAGUGGCAGAACGGCCGCCGCGGGCAAGACGGCUGGGGCCGCUGGACGCGCCGCAGGAAAUGGUACCGAGACGCCGAGCUCGUCGAGGCCGACGACGCCGCCGAGGAAGAGACCGCCAACGGCGCCGCCGCAGCCGCAGACCGAUCCCAGACUCCGACCCCCACCCCGUCAGCGCCCCCAAGACCACCAGGCCUCAACCCAACCCCGGCCGUCCCCACCGUCGACCUCACCCCCAGCUCCCCCGGCGCCGCCUCCUUCUCUUCCUCCUCCGCCUCCAACCAGCACCACGCACAUCCCCGCCGAUCGCCCGACGAGCGCGAGCAAGACGACGACCGCCCCGCAGCCCAGCAGGACACGGCCUCGCUGCUCUCGACCUCGAGCCGCUCGGCCCGGUUCCGCCCGCCGUCCCUGCGCCGCCGCGUCACCGACGCCUCGCUGCGCAGCGCGCGCGGCAGCGGCGGCGGCAGCAGGCGCGCCAGCGUGUCGCUCGCUGCUGCCGACGCCGCCGAGGACGACGACGCCGCUGUCCUGGACACGCGCGCGCGCCUCGCCCUGCACGAGGCCCCUGGCACUGAGGUGGGUAGUUGGGGGGUUGGGGAGGAGGUGCGGAUGGGGUUGGAGUAG